AGAGAGAGAGAGAGAGAGAGAGAGAGAGAGAGAGAGAGAGAGAACGAUCCCAGCAGUCCGAUCGUUGGAAAGCGCUCCCGUAAACUUUUUAUUUUCCAUUUGAUUGGUCGUGAACUAGUUUGUAAUCCAGUCGGAUGAGGUUUUCUAUGAGAUUUUCCGAAGACCAGACACUUUUUGUGUGACUUUACUCUGUGUCUCUCCCUUUUUUCUUCUUUUUUGGUGAUUUGGCGCAGUUUGGAGCAGGUGGAGAAGCGUUUCAGAGAUCGACAACCAGUCUGCCGACAACAUACAGAUGCUGUAAGGAUCCCAGAACAACUCGUCCAAAUUGAACUCUCUCUCUCCCAGUGGCCAUGGCUGCCAACGUCACCAUCAAUGGUUGCGGCCCUAACUUGGACUCCCUCUAUUACAACCUUUGCGACCUGAAUGCCGUGUGGGGCAUCGUGCUGGAGGCCUUUGCGGCGGCCGGCAUUGUCUUCUCCUUUGUGCUUUUCAUCUCGCUGCUGGCCAACGUGCCCUUCACGCAAGACAAGAACCGCAAGAGAUCUGUGGCCCUCAACGCCUGGUUCCUGAUCUUCACCCGGGGUCUCUUCUGCCUGACCUUCGCCUUCAUCGUGGGAAGGGACUUCUCCACCUGCGCCUCGCGGAGGUUCCUCUUCGGGGUGCUGUUUGGCGGCUGCUUCGCCUGCCUCCUGAUGCAGUGCGUGAGGCUGAACAUCCUCGCCAGGCGGGACAGCGGGCCCCGGGCUUGGGUUUUAUGUCUAGGGGCACUGGGGCUGUGGCUGGUGGAGGUAGUCAUCAACACGGAGUGGCUGAUCAUCACAGUGGUGCGCCACCCACAGGGGCCACUCAACGCCACAGCCGGAACUAGCAGAGCCACGGCCACGCCUUGCAACAUCGCCAACAAGGACUUCGUCAUGGCGCUGAUCUACGUGAUGACCCUGAUCCUCGCUGUGGUGGUGGCAAGUCUGACCAUCAUGGCAGGCAAACGCAAUAAGUGGAAGAAGGACGGCGCCUUCAUCCUUCUAACCAGCUUGUUCUCUGUUGGUAUUUGGGUGGCGUGGAUCGUCAUGUACGUCUACGGGAAUCGGAGGACAGGGGGCCCCACAUGGGAUGACCCCACCUUGGCCAUCGCUUUAGUGGCGAACGCAUGGGUGUUCCUGAUCCUCUACACCAUUCCUGACAUCUGCAGUUUGACCAGCGACGAUGAAAGCCAGCAGAGCCUCGGGCAAGACAUGUACCCAAGCCGAGGAGUCGGCUACGAGACGAUCCUGAAGGAGCAGAGCUCCCAGAACAUGUUCAUGGAAAAUAAGGCUUUCUCUAUGGAUGAGACCAACCAAGGGUCCAAGCCGGUGUCUCCAUACAGCGGCUACACCGGUCAGCUGCGGAGUUCAGUCUACCAGCCCACUGAGCUGGCGAUCAUCAGCAAAGGAGUGGGAAAUCACCCUGCGGACGUAUCCUAUACCACAGCCAUUCCCAGAGCUUCCACCCACUCUGCAGCCAACAGCGGGAGCAGCACGCUCUCGGCACACACCGAGAGCGGGAACACCGCACACACACAGACAAACGGAAAUAGCGGGAACGGCCCGCAUAGGACGGUCCAGUGGUGAAAACGCCACGACGCUCGCCAAAACACCCGUCGAAAUAACUCUGAGUUCAUUUGCACCCGCUGACUGUAUUUUUGCUGUUCUCCAUGGUUCCCUAAGCUGGUUCUAAGAGGAAUCCUUCAACCCAGACAUGUGGAGGUGAGCGCUGGGUCACCUCC